CCCCGUUCCCGGUUCCCAUUCCCCGUUCCCGGUUCCCAUUCCCCGUUCCCGGUUCCAAGCCCGAGCUCCCGCAGCGGCGGCACAGAGGAGUCGGGGGAGCGCUCGCACUUUCGGCACCCCGCGGUUCCCCCGGCUGUCCCGGUUCCCGGUGCCGGUUCCCGGUGCCGGUGUCGGCCCCGCCAUGCCCUCCCCGUACCCGCAGCGAGCCCUGACGGUGCUGCUGCUCUUCGGGACCUUGUCGGCUGCCAUGGCCCUGCUCUCCUCCAGCCUCAUCUUCCAGCUGCCGUCGGGCCGGGCCGCUCCCGGUGCCGCUCCCGGUGCCGCUCGCGGGGCUCUCCCGCAGCCGGUGGCCGCCGCUCUGGUGCCGGUAUCGGCCGUGCUGGCCGCGCUCUGCCUGGUGCUCAACGUGAGCUGCUUCUUGCUCUGCCUCCUGCACGGCUACUUCAGCACCGAGCUGUGCCGGGGGCAGCCCGGGACGGAGCGGGCAGACUGGUUCCUGCUGGACAGCCGGAGUGUCCGGCACGCAGCCCUCGGCCUCUUCUGCUGCGGGGUCUGCCUCUACCUCACAGCUCUGGCCCUUUUCAUGCUGCUGCUGUUCGAGCUGGAGGCGGGAAUCGCCAGCGCCUGCAUCCUGACCUCUGGAAUUCUCGUCCUGCUCAUCUCCCUGCUCCACGCGCUGCUCCGCGCAUCCCAAAUCUCCCAAAAUUCCCACUCCGAGCCUCCCCAAGCCCUGUACGAGAACGACUCCGCCCAGCCCGGCGACAGCGGCGACAUGGACACCAAAAUCGCGACUCCUGCUCGGCCCCGCCCUGAAAUCCAUCGGGAAUUCUCCUUCCCGCUUUUCCUGGAGCGCAAAUCCCGGCAGGGCUCGGAAAUCCAUCGGGAAUUCUCCUCCCCGCUGUUCCCGGAGCGCAAAUCCCGGCCGGGAUCCGCCUCCAGCAGCAACCUGAGCUCGGCUCCCCGCAGCCGCCAAUUCCCGCGGGAAUGUCGCGACAUAUCGCGCACGCACAGGACGCUGGCCGAGGAUUCGGGGCUGCUCCAGGAGCAGGGAAAUCCUUGGAAUGGGGCGGCCCGGAAAGGCACCGGCAAGGACUCCACGCUGCGCAAAUCCCGGCCGGGAUCCGCCUCCAGCAGCAACCUGAGCUCGGCUCCCCGCAGCCGCCAAUUCCCGCGGGAAUGUCGCGACAUAUCGCGCACGCACAGGACGCUGGCCGAGGAUUCGGGGCUGCUCCAGGAGCAGGGAAAUCCUUGGAAUGGGGCGGCCCGGAAAGGCACCGGCAAGGACUCCACGCUGGUGUGA